AAAAACGAUUUUGCGCGACAAAUCAUCUGGUAUUUUGAUGGGAUCCCCGUCAACAUCAAUUGAUUCAAUAUAAAUAUUUUCUUUUGAUAUUCAUCUUUUGUUUUCAAUCACUUUUUUUUUGGCAUUGAAUCGAAUGUUGUGUUAAAAAACAUUUUAACCGUGAAUCGUUUGUGAUUAUAAAAUUAAAAAGUAUCGUAAACUUGCAAUAUGUAAAAAAUUCACGAAUAAAAUUUGGUGAAAAGUGCGACUUUGCUAUGGUGGUAUAUAGCAAAUGAUCUAAGAAAUUUGAUUGCAGCACACGAACAUUUAAUAAAUUUACUUCAUAGCCAUUCAUCACAUACAGAGUGUCUAUCAAUUUAGUGUUUGUGUUUAUUAUCAAUUCGCUUUUGAGUUUAUUGUUUCGGUGGUAGCUGGGAAUUUUAUUGGCAAAAAAGAAAGAAAGAAAAAGAACGAACAACUCUGAUCAAUUGAAAAAAUGGAAUAAAAAAAGUGGCCUGAAUUCUAGUUGGAAAACCACUGUUCAUUUGUGCAACAUGAUUUUUAUUCGGAUCGAGCAGCUGGAUGACAGAUAAACAAGUACAUGCAACAAAAACACAUACAAAGUGCAGAAGAAAAAAAAACGUGAUAGUGAAACAACAACAAAGAAGCAACAAUAAAAAUUUAUCAAAACAUUUUUGAAAACAAUGAGUGGACAAGUCAGUCUUAAAGAAAACGGAAUUCUUGACGAAGACCUGCCAACAUUGCUCGAAAAUGUUUUCAAAUGUUUGUCGAAAAAUUUAUACUUGCUCUAUACGGAGAAUGAGUUUAGCAAUGAAAUCACUCUUAGAGAGGAGAUAGUGAUUCCGAACGAAAUUUGUGAUAGAUUUUUUAAAUAUCGCCAAGACUGCAGUGAAGAUAUAAACGACGUAUUUGUAAACAUUUUCCGUGAUAAACAUAAGACACCGUUAAAACAUAUUGCUCUACGAAACUGUUCAAUUACGGAUGAUGGAAUGGCCAUACUUUUAAAUCAUGAUUUGGUUUCAUUAUCGCUGUGGUAUUGUGACAUGGUUACGUAUAAAUCAUGGAAAGUAUUAAUCGAACAUGGUCAAAAUUUAGAAUAUUUGGAACUCGGUCGUUAUGUUGAUAUGCUAAAAUUAUGCGAACCAAAUGAAAAGACACCGCUUGACUUUACACUCGACUUGCCACACAUAAGAAAACUUAUUUUAACUGGUGUUGUGCUACAGCCAACUGUAAAUUUUAGCCAUUUGCAACAACUUAGCUAUUUGGACUUGACACAAUGCACAUUUCAUAACGAAUUCACAUUGGAAGCGAUAGUCAAUCUUCCAAAUUUAACAACUCUUAUCCUAUUCAAUGUGUGGCCAUUGGAAACCGAAUUACCAACGAUAUGCAAAAUGAAAUCAUUGCAAAAACUUGACAUAUCAACAGGCUAUUUCAAUACAAAUAGCUAUGGAACAUUCAAGAAUCCCAAUGAGACAUUGGCGGAAAUUGUUGAAAGUUUGCCACACCUCACACAUCUCGAUAUAUCGGGAACAAAUUUGGCUGGAAACGGUGUCGCUCAAUUUGAAGCAAAAGAACAAGUGCGUUCAGAUAUUCCGGGUUUAGUAAGUCGAGCCAACAGACCAUUGGAAUUCUUAGGUCUUUAUAAUACAGCUCAUUCAGCUUGUCGUCGUCAUGAUAUUCCAGCACGUCAUAUUUCUGGCGAUGCAAAUGAGGAGCAAAUCUUAACGUCCGCCUCAGUUUACAGAGAUCGCCCCAUUAUGUUAACAAAGGUUUUAAACGAUUUAUAUCAUUUGCUGCGUUUUGAAACUUGUAAAUCAAUUCAUAGAGCUUUUGAAGUAGUUUUGUCAGCAAUGGACAGACAUUUGCGCGUUAAACAUAUGCAAAUAUCUGGAAGUGCGACACUUUAUUAUAUAAUCAAAGGAAGAGAUAAACACAAAUAUGGUACACCAUUUAAGAAUCACAUAAUACGUACCUUGUUGAAUGGCAUGUCAACUCAUAUAACAGACGAGACUAUGAUGCGAAACGGUUGCCUUACACUUUGCCAAUUUUCAAUUCCGAAUGACGUCUUAUUUGAAUACGAGCGUUUGGUUAAAAUUCUACUGCAUGCCGUUUCGGACACAGAACAAGAAGGAUUCGUUCAAAGAAUAGCCAUUUACUUACUUAAUUCGUUAGCUUGUUUGGUUGAUGGAAAACAGAAGCUAUUUCUCGGUGAUCUCGGGGCGAUUGGCACCAUGUUAACCUUAAUAUAUGACCGUUUAACACGUCAAGUAUUUGAUGACGUUAUGGAGGUGGCUUGGUCAACAAUGUGGAAUGUGACCGAUGAAACGGCUAUUAAUUGCGAACGUUUUCUUGAUGGACGAGGAAUGGAAUACUUUCUGGAAUGCUUGCAAUGUUUCAAUGACAAAGAAGAACUCCUUCGGAACAUGAUGGGUCUGGUGGGAAAUGUUGCUGAAGUGAAGCAUUUGCGAAAUCGCUUAAUGAAAUCAGAAUUCAUAACCGUUUUCUCCAAUCUACUUGACUCAGAUAGUGAUGGAAUUGAGGUGAGCUAUAAUGCGGCCGGGGUAUUAGCGCACAUUGCAUCCGAUGGUCCAUUAGAUUGGACAAUUGAUACACCAAGCAGGGAUGAGGUCUUAAAUCGAAUGUCAAAAGCAAUCGAACGAUGGAAUUUGAAUACGGAACGUAACAUCAACUAUAGAAGUUUUGAACCAAUACUAGGUUUAGUUCGUUGCUAUGAAACACCUGAAUGUCAACAUUGGGCAGUCUGGGCUUUGGCAAAUCUCACAAAAGUUUAUCCAUCAAAGUAUUGCAAAUUGGUUGAAGAAGAGCACGGUCUAGAACUACUAAAAGAAUUGAUGAAGCAUGAGAGGCCCAAUGAUAAAAUAAAAGCACUUGCCGAAAUGGUCAUAAAAAAUUGCGAACAGAACAAGAAUACCGAAUCGAUGCAACUUGAUGGGUGAUACUGUGAAAAUAUGAACGGGAGACGUACGACAAAUUAAGCAAAAGCCCUUUAUACAUUUUGUCUAUUUCUUAAAAAUUUCAAAGUAUCGCAAUAGAUAUUAAGAGAUCCAGUAGGUUUUAUCUCAGUUUAAAUAGGAUUGUACGUAAAAAAAGAAGAUUGAAUAAUUUAUUUUCAUAUUUCCGUAGAGUUAGGCUAAAAAAGGAGAACAAAACCUGACACUCAUCACAUCAACUUUAUUCAAAUACUAAAAUCAUGUCACAAUUUGAAAUUACAUCAGCUGUAUUUCUCUUGUUUUUUUUUCUCAUUAAAACUGAGAACAUGUUCAUAAGAACAUGUUCAAAAUUUACGUGAAAUCAUUUAAAUCCCAUCAAACAAAAUCGUCUCCUUUCGAAAAAUGUCACACUACCGUUUAUGAAGUUUCAUUUGAAACAAAACAAAAAAAAUUAAAUUUAGAUGGGAGCUGUAUGUCAUGUAAUUCCUUUUUUCGCCUAUGGCCAUGUACAUAUAAAUGUUUAGCGGAAAAUGAAUAAAAAAAAAUCCUUUUCUCGUUUUUGGUUUCAACGGCUUGCUUUUGUAAAUAAUGUUUCACUUUUCUAUGCAGCGAAUUGCAAAAUUAUUUGCAUUUUUUUUUUUGAAUUAACGCUAACAUUUUUUUUUUUGAAUAAAUAUUUAAAAUAUCUAAACGUCUUCGAUUUGUUAAAAUACAACUCAAGCAAUUUUGUUAACUUAAUUCAUAAAAUGUUUCAUUUGAUUGCGAAAGAAAGACCGAACAAUUUUUAUUUAGAAGUGAGGCACGUUUCACAACAACUACUUGUAAUUUGUUAACGCUACCGAAAUUGCGUCAAUAACCAAAACAAAAUAAUAUUAUUUCAAAUAUAUUGAUGCAAAGCGCGAAAAUGGACUCAGUUAAUUUC